CAAACCAAUCUGCGCAUGUCGCCGCCCAGACCUGCCGCCCGGCUCACCGUUCCCGACGCCAGCUCCCUGGCUCUGGAGGGCCGCCGGCGCCGUGGGCUCCUCCCUGUCCUCUUCUGCGGUGGCCGUCCCCGUGUCCCCCUUCCGAUUCUCACCGGCCGGCCACGUCCAUCUGGCAGUCGUGACCCUGGCUCCCAGAGCCACGCUGGCCCCCGGCAGGUGCCGGGGGGUUGGGGUGUGCGUGUCAUUGCGGCACAGGCUUCCUCACCCCCGGGGCCUCCGUUCCAGCCGUUGGGCCGGCGCCGAGCUGGCUCCAAGACGGGCUCUUGGGGGCCCUCAGAGCUGCCAGCGGAGGCUGCUUGUGAGCCCCCCGCCCUGACGCGUCACGCCCGCUCCGGCUGUGUGACCCCGAGGGAGCCUCCCGUGUUCACCAGACUCAGCCCCAGUGACUCGUGGGCGUUUCUGACAGGUCCGGGGGUGCACCCAGGGGACCCGAGGAAUGAGCCUGUGCCUGCUUACCCAGGUCCCCAGCGCCUGGCCAGCAAAGGCGGCGAUGGCAGGGACGAGAGACCACUACUGAGCGCCUGCCGGGCGCCACGGAAUGUAAAUAGUCCGUCGGAAAACGAAGGACGAGGAACAGAAGGUGUGGACGUGGUGAACCGUGUCAGUGCUGGUCUGGCGGCCACGGCCUUGGUGGUCACGCGACAGCCUGGGCUUCUGGGGUCACUGUCUGUCACCCAGAGGCAGGUGUCCUCACUCCUGUCACACCAGGAACCACGCGAGGGCCCCGUGGAUGCUUCCAGGGGCCUGCGUGUCCAUCCCCCACGCUUGGGCCCGGAAGCCCCGUUUGUCCGCCUUCCAGGCGAGUGUCCCUCGGCCACCCUCCACCCGGAGCGGCUGUCCCCGCCCGCACACAGGGUCGUUCGGGGCUCGGGAGAGCCUGAACCUGGGUCAUGGGGUGCUGGAGAAAGGAUCGCAGGUUGUCCUUUCCCCCAGCUUUUUGAGCUGUGAUGCACACAGGCCAACAUGUAAGUGUAGGCGUUCCGCGUGACUGUCCGUGUGUCGUGAGCGGUCACCGCAGAGCACGGCUAGUCAGCGCCUCAGUGCCUCGUACGUCGUGUGUAUACGUGAGUGUGUGGCGUGAGGGUGUGCGGGGGUGUGUGUGUGUGAGGGCCCGCAGGGGGGUGUGGGGGGUGUGCACACGUGUGUAUGCGUGAGUGCAGUUUCCUUAUCCGUCCGUCCGUCCCCAGGUGCAGUGUUUCCACGUCUUGGCUGUUGUGCGUGUGGCAGUGGUGCACGUGGGGGUGAGACGUGUUUUCUAGGUAGUGCUUUCCUCUCCUACAGGUGAUCACUGACCACCGGUCGAUCAGCGAGCCUCCCGUCGGGAGCGCUGGGGCGGGGGAGGGGGCUGGCGGGCCCGGCCCGGGAGGGCUGCCCACCUGGUUCCUGGCUCUGGGGGACGUGGCCCGGGAGGCCGGCGGGUCCGUCCCCCGCCCUCCGACAGGUUGGCCCUGACGCCCUCCUCACGUGGGGGCCCGGUGGCCGACCAGAGUCACCUCUGCUGGAUUUGAAGUUCCUCUGUACUUGGAAAAAGCCGCAUAUUUCUCUAAAUACCAAAGUCAAGAAUAACCCCAACUUUUGCCGCCCUGUGUUAUGAUGAGCGUGUCAGCUGCUUUUAUGUCAGGACCUUCUCCCCACCCCGCUGUGCUCGUCUUUGCCAACUCUGUCUGCGGGUAUGGUAUCCGAGGACUGCUGUGAAGUUGUUCUUAAAUCACGUCAGUGCUACUUUUUAUUUUUUUAAAUUCAUUCACGUUGAGAGAGAGAGAGUGCGCACAAGUAGGGGAGGGGCAGAGAAAGAGGGGGACCGAGGAUCCGAAGCAGGCUCCAGGCUCUGGGCUGACAGCAGGCAGCCUGACGUGGGGCUCCAACUCACAAACAGCAAAAUCACGACCUGAGCCAAAGCUGAACACUUAACGGACUGAGCCACCCAGGACCCUGGUACGUGUGGUUUUAAUAAUGAUCUGUUGCACUGACAUUCUCUUAAAAAUUUAUUUCCUCCAUUUCUAAGCAGCUUUAUUGAGAUAUAAUUGGUCUGUAGUAACUGCACAUUUUUGAAGUGUACGAUUUGGGGCUCCUGGGGGGCUCAGUCAGUUGAGCACCUGACUUCAGCUCAGGUCAUGAUCUCGAGGUUCAUGGGUUCGAGCCCCCGCGUUGGGCUCUGUGCCGACAGCUCGGAGCCUGGAGCCUGCUUUGGAUUCUGUGUCUCCCUCUCUCUCUAUCCCUCCGCUGCUCACGCUCUCGUCUGUCUCUCUCUCUCAAAAACAAAUAAACAUUAAAAAAUUAAAAAAAAAAGUUCAUAGAAUUGAUAGGUGAGUUCGACAAGAUUGUGGGAUACCAGGUCGAGUCAUGAAAACCAAUUGUGUUGCUGUUUAUUAGCAAUGAACGACAAAGGUUGAAAUCGCA